ACCUGUGACCCAAGGCGCGGUAAAGGGGUUUGGAGUCCCAGCACAUUAGUGAGACAUUGCUGCUGUCUCGUGUCUGUUCUGUUUUUUCCACUGUUAGGAGCACUGUGGGCAGUGGUAGAUGGACAGAUCUGUAUUUUGUGUGUUAGGUAGAGGCAUUUAUCUGACCCCACAUGCUUGUUGGUGUGGACUCUUAUCCCUUACAACACAUUUGUGUAAGAGAAACCAAUGACUGGCGUUAGAGGAAUGUAUUGUGUGUAAUUUACCCCCAUGGGAUAAAAGAAAGACUUUGUUUCUUGCUCAGUGACUUUCUUUCAGUUGUCUUUCCUUUCCUCUCAGGCUUCCGUUACAUGUAAACACAGGCAGCUGAGGCAUGCCCUGCCCAGGUAUUGGUAUGUGUCAUCCUCUUCCUCCAACCUUUGGAUUUUCUACCCUUUUUAUUUUUUACAAAAGUGGAGUGAACAGGAAACCCUCCUCACUUCUCUAGAAGUGACAAGGCUGAUCCUCCAAAGCCACAUGGUAUUUAUGUCAAAUAAAUACCAUGUGGCUUUGGAGGAUCAGCCUUGUUCAUUCUGACCGAACAGCAAGGGCUUUUACUGCCCUCAUGUUCCCCUUUAUGUCUCAUUUUUCUAUCAGCUACAUUCAGCAUUACAUUACGUGUUAUUUAGCUGACGCUCUUAUCCAAAGCGACUUACAUUGCCUUAUAACCCAUGCAUUACAUUUUUUGCCUGGGGAGCAAUUAGGGGUUAGGUGUCUUGCUCAGGGACACUUCGACAUGGCACAUGGAGCAGCCGGGAUUCGUACCACCAACCUUGCGGCCCCCGCCGCACUGCUCUACCCCGUGCGCCAUACAGCAUGAAAGCUAUCUGGAGCAGUCAAAUGGAACUUCAUUUAACACAUCACCGUGCAUCUACUGCAUACGUUAGAAAGUAGUGACGUGCUGCUGGUGGGUUUCCAGGAGAAGCUGUGUGUGUGUGACAAAUAUCUUCUAUAGAAGACAUUUGUCACAUAUAUUAGUUUAGAGACCUAACCUGGGUUGUAACAAAAAAACUGAAAUUGCUUUUCUUACAUAAUACAUUUAAAUAGUAUUAGCAUUAACAAAUCAAGUUUGUUAUAUUGAAAAUCAGGUAUCCUGAACAUGAUAAAAUCACUUUCAUACUACUUCAUUAAUUGGUGUUGCAGUAUCUUAAAAAUAUAACUCAAUCAGAUUAUUUUAAAUACCUGAAUAUGAUUAAAAUAGUUUGGUUUAACAAGUAAUAAUUCAUUGAAAAAAUAGGAAAUCUUGUCAGUCAUACACAUUCUUAUCAUGUGGGACCGAUGUACACAUUAAAAUCAAGUAAAUCCAAAGGAUUGUUUUUUUCAGUGUAGUGAUGUCACGUGACAAGGUUGGAUGAAGAUAAAAACAUGGCAUUGUGGCUCCUCUCUCCGAAGCCCUGGUAGGACGCAAAGGGUUUAGCAGGAGCACUGUCAGCCUUUUAGUAAACCGAUCAGAGGUCAGUGUAUUGUCUUUUUUUUGUUCUUGCUAGGCAACUUUUGAGUUCUUCUGAGUGCAGAUCCUGAAUAAUGAAAAUGGAAUACAGAAUACACAACAGAUAAUAUUGUACACAGAAUACUGGGAAUGGAAUACUGAAUACAAUACAGAAUUUAAAAUACAGAAUAUAGAAUGCAGAUUGAAGAAUAAAAAAUACUGACUACUUAAUACAUAAUGCAGUAUACGUAACGCAGAAUCCUGAAUACUGAACAGAUGAAUGUGUCCAGCUCCUCCAUCCAGCAAUUUAGUUGUACGUGAUUUAAUGAUGUCACCGCUCGCUAGCUUUCCAGAUAUCUAGAUGGGGCUGGAGCAGAAUCGCAUAAUGGACAGCAGAGACUGUAGAAAUCUGAUAUUCAUCAUUCAGUCAGUCCAAGGUGUAUUGCAGUUCUGUCAUAUUACUCAAACAUAACACUAUGCUUAUAUGUUGUGUUCACGCCUACGAGUGCAGGAUGCUCUAUAAGGGUUAUCUGCUGGUUGUUUGAGAAGAGCCAGGUAUGUGCAGAUUAAAAACAGUGAUCAGUACUUGCUGCCAUGUUUCUGUUCUACCUGUUCCUGUUGUGUCGUCACUAAGCGAUCACACAACAAUGAAGGACCUAAGUUAACUGUUAGUCACAUGGUUAGCGAAAUGUUCUGCGGGGAGUAGUUAUCACUAAAUAUUAUGGUCCAUAGAAAUGAUAGUCAUUUUCAUACUUGUCUUGCCUGUCUUUUCAUCCGAUCAUAUCUGGAAGCAUUGACUGUCUAAACACACUAAAAUCUGAUUUGCUCUGAAUAGAGAGAGAGGUUUGGACAGCAUACUUCUCAGUCACAGGAAAACAGAAGGAGAACUGAGCCCAGCUGUGGGUGAGUGAUGAGCACAGCUGUCCCUCAAUCAGAGGAUCAGUAAGACACUUAAGAAAAGAAGAUGACCGAAAACCGGCUGUUAUCUCUAGCUGAAUAAAAGCCCUCAGCAUGCAAAAAGCUACAUUAAUAAUAAUUGUGGGGCUGCUGUUGCGUUGUGUGUAAAGGACAUCAGGCGACAGGAAGUAAACACAGACCACAGCUGUUACCACAUAAACUCAACACACAGAUGCAUUUAUAUUUCGGCUGGCCUGACAGUACUUUGAGGUUCUUAGUGGUUUGAACUCGUCCAAUCAAGUCUUGCGUUUGUCCCCCCGGCAGUUGUAUUGUUCUGGGAACUAACCUGCUGGACACUAUCUCUCUGCGAGGAGAUACUGUGGAAAUGAGACAUGGAAAAACAUGUUACAUGAGAGGAUUCCCACCAAAUUUGUUUAAGCUUUAGCCUCAUUAGUUCAGCUGAACAUAAACAUUUCUGUAACAUAUUCAAUCUGAGCAUUGUCUCUCUUCAUGCAAUUACUGAGCAGUCUAUCCAUUUCCCUUACCAUGGACACCAUGCAGGUAACAGCCAGUUGCCAGGGGAUAAAGCCACACACACACACACAAACACACCAAGGGCUGAAAUGAAACACCUUCCAGUCAAAUAAAAUCAGUGUAGAGUAAACCUUGUUUUGACAGUAUUCCAGCAGAUUCCAGGAAAAAGUUUUCGGUACAGUAUACUGUGUUAAACAUCACAGUUCAGACUCACAGGUCUUUUUCACACUGACUAUGUCUCAUUGUGUUCUUAUUUUUGUUUGUUAAUGUGCCAUUCAUGCCUUUAUAAUGCCUUUCUUUUAUUUCCCUCUAAAUGAAAAGUAGGUAGACAGCCGGCUGUCAGGCUGCUGCAGGGAAGCUCUCGGUGGACAGCUCGCUGCUCGCCUCCAGCACUGAGUUGCCGGACGCCAUGAGACGCCUGGGCUCCGGCUCAGAGGACUGUUCCCGCCUCACUGCUGCUCUCUCCUGUCUGAAGAAAGCUAACAAUGCAGAUGAUCCGGGUCCAGGCUCUUGCAGCUCCGAGGCUCGACAGGACACUGAUGUCUUCUCUCCCAUCAGCCUACCCUCCAGCUGUGUUAGCCCGUCCCUCUCGCUGCAGCCCACUACCACCACCCACGGCCGCUCCAUCUCCAUAUCAGUCUUCCCUUGUUCAGAGGACAGGAGAGCUUGCAUGCUAACAGAGGACACCUUUGCCCUAGAGCCAAGCCACCCUCCAGCCACUCGAGCCUCAAAGACACACACCGGCAAGCCCUCCCCCACGCCCCUCCCACCCACCCACAAGCGGCUGCAUCUCUUCCCCAACAUUGGAAUGACAAGAAGCAAGAGUCAAGAGUCAACAAACCGCAUUGAGGAGCCGGCGGAACUCAGAGCCGGUAAGAAGAACAAAGUGUUGAGUGCUCUUCAGAUUAACGGCAGUGGUAAUGGUCCUGAAGACUCAGUGCCGCGCUCCCCGCUGCUGUCUGCCCGAACCCCCGGCCCGGUCCCGGCCUCAGCCCCGUACAUGAUGCCUACCACACCCACCCUGCUGGAGAAUAUGACCAUGCACAGGGGUUCCCCUCAGACGAUGAGGAGAGACGUCGGCCUGGCUGUAACACACAGGUUUUCCACCAAGUCCUGGCUCUCCCAGACGUGCCAAGUGUGUCGCAAGAGCAUGAUGUUUGGUGUCAAGUGCAAACACUGCAAGUUAAAGUGCCACAACAAAUGCACCAAAGAGGUUCCCUCAUGUCGGAUAUCUUUUCUUACGUUGCCAAGAAUGCGGAGGGCCGAAUCAGUGCCAUCAGAUAUCAAUAAUCGGAUCAAUCACACAGUGGAGAUCCCGCUGCAAUUUGGCACUUUACCAAAAGCUCUUGCCAAAAAGGAGCCUCCCCCAAGUUUGAACCAACUGGACUCCAGCAGUAACCCGUCAUCAGCCGCCUCCUCCACAUCUUCAUCCCCAGCACAUACACAGCAGAAUAAACCCACGGGCGCCACAGCCAUGACCAACCCGUUGACGCAGUGCUCCCUGCACAGCCGCUUCCACUUCCCAGAUGUUCCGGCUUCCAGAUGUACUGCAGCUCAACAGUGUGGAAGCAGCAAGGAGACUGGAGUGUCCCAGCUAGCCACCACUACAACCCAGCAAAUGUCAACAAAGAAAGGAGAGGAGGAGGACUACCCGGGGGAGAAGGAUGAGGCAGCGAACCCUCAAGGCAGAGAACCAAGCCUUUCCACUGAUGCGUGUGAUGAGGACGGGCUGGAGGACCUGCCUGCCACCACACACUGGAGGAGCCCCAUCCGUCGUAAGGCCAGCCAGACCAGCGUCUACCUGCAGGAGUGGGACAUCCCAUUUGAGCAACUGCAGCUAGGAGAGAUGAUUGGCAAGGGUCGCUGGGGGAAGGUGCAUCGGGGGCGCUGGCACGGCGAGGUGGCCAUUCGCCUCCUGGAGAUUGAUGGCAACAACCAUGAUCACCUGAAGCUCUUCAAGAAGGAGGUGAUGAACUACCGGCAGACCAGGCAUGAGAACGUUAUUCUGUUCAUGGGUGCCUGCAUGGCCCCCCCACACCUCGCCAUCAUCACCAGUUUCUGUAAAGGUGUGACUCUUUACUCUGUUGUAAGAGAACGAGGUCACAUGCUCGACAUCAAUAAGAUAAGACAGAUUGCACAGGACAUCGUAAAGGGAAUGGGUUAUCUGCAUGCCAAAAGCAUCGUCCAUAAGGAUCUGAAGUCCAAUAACGUGUUCUAUGACACCAACAAGGUGGUCAUCACUGACUUUGGCCUGUUUGGGAUGGCUGGAGUGGUACAGGAAGGCAGGAGGAAGAACAUGCUGAGGAUACCCCGGGGCUGGAUCGAUUACCUGGCUCCAGAGAUUGUUCAAAAAAUGAGUCCAGAGGUGGAAGAGGACAAACUGCCUUUCUCCAAAGCUGCUGAUGUCUAUGCAUUUGGCACAAUCUGGUAUGAGCUGCAGGUUGGAGACUGGCCGAUGACCAACCUUCCUGCGGAGACUAAAAUCUGGCUAGUGGGAAGCAAUGUGGGCGUUAUGAAGGUCCUGGCAGACGGCAACCUGGGCAAGGAGGUGACGGAGAUCCUUUCUACCUGCUGGUCUCAUAAAGCCAAUAUCCGGCCCCCCUUCACCCUGCUGGCUGGCAUGCUGGAGAGGCUUCCUAAGCUCAACCGCAGGCUGUCUCACCCCGGACACUUCUGGAAGACAGCAGAGUAGGUACAAGUAGGAAAGAGAAGGCACAUUCCUGAUCCAAAGUGGAGCAUCCUGUAGCACCAGCGUUAAAGAAGGGAGUCUCUAUCCGUCAGAUGUAGACCUCUAUGUUUUAACGUCUCAUAAGCAGAAAUAAGAUGCAAUACACAAUCAAUCAAAUGCAACAAAAAAGGUUUGUUCAGAAAUGUGAACAUUUUGAGGCUGUUCUGCUGAGUAUUAAGUAAUGUAAACUUUUCCAACCUGAGUGCUCGCUUGUAUUUUAAGGAAGUAUCUGUGGGGCUUACACGUUGCUGUGCAUAGAUGGAGUUGUUGCUCCUUUAAACUUUCUUAGUCUUUUUUUUUGAAAAACAGUGUUUUUCACAGUCAGCAGUAUUUUUCUCUCUUUACCUCUCCAUGCCGAUAGAUCCAACUCUGCCUGUUUCUAUCUUCUGAUCUCUACGGAGUCCCUUACAUCCCGCUUCCUAUCCUCUGUCCCUGCCUCUGAUUCCACUCCUACUUCUGUCUCCUCACACAGUUCUUCUCCUAGCAAAGGAUGUGGUAUCAUCGUCAUCAUCAUAACCAUCACUACUGCAUGCACACUGUCCAUACAGCUGCUGAUCGGGAGAGGUGCUUAUUAACAAUUAAACCUACUAUUGGCUUGAGGAUAUAUUGACAUAAUCUUCACAUCACUUAAAUCAUAAUUUAUGUUCUUAUCUGGUGCGACACGUGCUUCCCAUUUCCACAUCUUGUUAAGGCCUGUCAGAAAAGCUACUUUAUGUGGAUAAAUUAUAGUCUCAGCUAUAGAGCACUGCAGGGAUGAAUUAUUUUUGGAAGUGACCAGGAAGUGAGCAUCUUGGUUCCCUCCACAAAGAUCAAUAGAAUUGUUCCAUUGAAUUUAGGGUUAGUGAAGACUAGUGAUCUUCAUCUCUAUUCAGUUUUCUAAUAUUGAUUCUGGACACAUCUCCAAUCUGAAUAAGUAUAUGCAGUACAAGUUCUGUAUGCAAAGCUUUUAGACUGACAGGUGAGGGAUGUCAGCCCAACUGAGAGGAAGUAGAAGGGCAAACAAGCAAUGAAUGACAAAGUAAAAGAAGCUAUGCAUCUGUAGGCCUCUUCUCUAUUCUCUUUAAACCAAUGCCACUUUUCAUGAUAAAAUGUUACGUUUUCACUUCCCACUGUUCUUUAGAUCUGUUAUUUGAACACAAACCAUUAUCUUUUGUCUUUGGUUACAUAACUAAACUAUUUCUCAACAUGUGAUUGUGUCGUUACGUAUGACGAUCUGACGUUUGGUAAUGAGUGUCUUUCCUAUGUACACUCCAGUACAGCAUCAUGUUUGUGAGCAGGUUGUGUAUCUGUGUGUGUGUGUGAGAGAGCGUGUGUGUUUUAUUUUUUUCUUGGGCAGGUGUAUGGUGUUUGCUCAGUGAAUAUAUUGGGCUUCACCAGCAUGGAAACAAUCUAUACAUAUACUGUAUGUAUAUAGAGGGUUAGGGUCAGGUUUUUGAUACACAGUGUUUGCACAAGGGUUUCGAUUUUGGAUCAUUUGAAUUGGUACUUUACUCCCAAUAAUUAAUAAUUAAAAGUGUAAACUGUGUUUCUUGUUGAUUUUUUGCAGAGAUUUUUUUGUACAUAAUGCAGUGAUACUUUGAACAGUUGAAGAUAUUAAAGCUGAUCUCCAGUGA